CUCAGAUCCACACCGCGCGAUUAACGCGUCCGCCAUGCAUCAGGCGCCGCCGGUUAAAGAAGAAUAACAGCAAACACGCCGAUUAAAUCCCGAAGAAACCCGCGGCGAGCCAUCCUUUACCGCGUCCCGAGGGCCAUCAGCGUUUGUGCGGCGGCAGGGAGAGAUACACCCAGAAAGAGAGAGAGAGGGAGAGAGAGGGAGAGAGAUCCACUGACUGAAGCUCAGGAUGGAGUGGCAGCCGGAUGAACAGGGUUUACAGCAGGUGCUGCAGCUGUUGAAGGACUCUCAGUCUCCGGAUACGGCCACACAGAGAGCCGUUCAAGAGAAACUGGAGCAGCUGAAUCAGUUUCCCGACUUCAACAACUAUCUCAUCUUCGUCCUCACCAGCCUCAAAUCUGAAGACGAGCCCACCCGUUCUCUGAGCGGUCUGAUUCUCAAGAACAACGUGAAGGCUCACUACCAGAACUUCCCUCCGGCCGUGGCCGACUUCAUCAAGCGAGAGUGUCUCAACAACAUCGGAGACCCGUCCCCGCUCAUCCGCGCCACCAUCGGUAUUCUCAUCACUACUAUCGCCUCUAAAGGGGAGCUGCAGACAUGGCCUGAGCUGCUGCCUCAACUCUGCAACCUCCUCAACUCGGAGGAUUACAACACCUGCGAGGGGUCUUUUGGUGCACUGCAGAAGAUCUGUGAGGACUCGUCUGAACUGCUGGACAGUGACGCUCUGAAUCGACCCCUCAACAUCAUGAUCCCCAAAUUCCUGCAGUUCUUCAAACACUGCAGCCCCAAGAUCAGGUCUCAUGCCAUAGCGUGUGUGAAUCAGUUCAUUAUUGGCAGGGCUCAGGCUCUCAUGGACAACAUCGACACAUUCAUAGAGUCUCUCUUUGCGUUGGCGGGUGAUGAAGACUGCGAGGUGAGGAAGAACGUGUGCAGAGCUCUGGUCAUGCUGUUGGAGGUCCGAAUCGACCGCCUGAUUCCGCACAUGCACAGCAUCAUACAGUACAUGCUGCAGCGCACGCAGGACGCGGAUGAGAAUGUGGCGCUGGAGGCCUGUGAAUUCUGGCUGACUCUGGCCGAGCAGCCCAUCUGUAAAGAGGCUCUGUCAGGACACCUGGUCCAACUCAUCCCCAUCCUGGUGAACGGAAUGAAGUAUUCUGAGAUUGACAUCAUUUUACUGAAGGGUGACGUGGAGGAGGACGACACCGUUCCUGACAGCGAGCAGGACAUCAAGCCUCGCUUCCACAAGUCACGUACCGUCACGCUGCAGCACGAGGGAGGAGAGGGGGAGGAAGGAGAGGACAUCGACGAAGAUGAGGAUGAUGACGACGACACACUGUCUGACUGGAACCUACGGAAGUGCUCUGCGGCGGCGCUGGACGUGUUGGCUAACGUCUUUCGGGACGACCUGUUGCCGCACCUGCUGCCGCUGCUGAAGGGUUUGCUGUUCCACCCAGACUGGGUCAUCAAAGAGUCUGGGAUACUGGUGCUGGGAGCCAUCGCUGAAGGCUGCAUGCAGGGUAUGGUACAGUACCUGCCCGAGCUCAUCCCACACCUGAUCCAGUGUCUGUGUGAUAAGAAGGCUCUGGUUCGCUCCAUCGCCUGCUGGACGCUCAGCCGCUACGCACACUGGGUGGUAAGCCAGCCACCGGACGCCCAUCUCAAACCGCUUAUGACAGAACUGCUCAAACGCAUCCUGGACGGCAACAAGAGAGUGCAGGAGGCCGCCUGCAGUGCGUUUGCGACUCUGGAGGAGGAGGCGUGUACGGAGCUGGUUCCGUACCUCAGUUUCAUUUUGGACACUCUGGUGUUUGCGUUCGGGAAAUAUCAACACAAGAACCUGCUCAUCCUCUACGACGCCAUCGGCACCCUGGCAGACUCCGUCGGACAUCAUCUGAACCAACCGGAAUACAUCCAGAAACUGAUGCCUCCUCUGAUCCAGAAGUGGAAUGAACUGAAAGACGAGGAUAAAGACCUGUUUCCUCUACUGGAGUGUUUGUCGUCUGUGGCUACGGCGUUACAGAGCGGUUUCCUCCCGUACUGUGAGCCCGUCUAUCAGCGCUGUGUUACUCUGGUGCAGAAAACACUCGCACAAGCCAUGGUGAGAGACACUAUGCCUGAGGUGAGGCAGAGCUCAUUUGCUUUGCUGGGUGAUCUGACCACUGGUUGCUCUCUGAAACUGUGUGUGUGUUCAGCUGAGUUCAUGCCGAUCCUGGGGACGAAUCUGAACCCCGAGUUCAUCUCAGUGUGUAACAACGCAACCUGGGCCAUCGGAGAGAUCUGCAUGCAGAUGGGUGUGGAGAUGCAGCCGUAUGUGGCUCUGGUUCUUCCUCAUCUGGUGGAGAUUAUUAACAGACCCAACACUCCCAAAACCCUGCUGGAGAACACGGCCAUCACGAUUGGUCGCCUGGGUUACGUCUGUCCACAAGAAGUGGCUCCCAUGUUGCAACAGUUCAUCAGACCCUGGUGCACAUCAUUACGAAACAUCAGAGAUAAUGAAGAAAAGGACUCGGCCUUCAGAGGCAUCUGUGUGAUGAUUGGUGUGAACCCUGGCGGUGUGGUCCAGGACUUCAUCUUCUUCUGUGAUGCGGUGGCCUCCUGGGUCAGCCCUAAAGAUGACCUGAGGGACAUGUUCUGCAAGAUCCUACAUGGGUUUAAGGACCAGGUCGGAGAGGAGAACUGGCAGCAGUUCUCGGAGCAGUUCCCGCCCAUCCUGAAGGAACGCCUCUCUGCAUGCUAUGGCGUGUAACCCCACCCCUCUGCUUCACACACAGCACAUGCUGUCAGGUUAGUGACGACUGCUGAU